UCUUACCCAUAAACCCAAACCCGGAGUUCGGCUGCGCACGCGGGCGCGUUCAUCUUCUUCAUCCUCCUCGCGCACCGGUUCCGCCUCUCCGCCGGUUCCGCUCUCCUUGCGCGCGUGAGCUGCCGGAACACCGCACGGAGGUCGCGCGCGCACAAUCUGAUCUCAAAAAGGCUGCAGUUUUCAGUUUGAUUUAUUUUCCCUACUAAAUUAUUAAUUAUUGUGUUUUUUAUGUCACGUUCCAUUUUUUUAUGAAACGGCGUGUGAAAUGUCCUUGGAGCAAAUGGCCUGUCCGGCUUCGUGCUGCUGCUGCGACUUUAUUUCUCAUCAGUAACCUGCAGUGACGUGGACCGGAACGAUGACGACCGCUUCUCGUGUUGAACUUUUUUAAAAAUAGGUUUUCAUUUUGAAUGGAGUUACAGUUUACCGUACCUUAAAAUAAAAAAAACAGGACGAUCAGACUUCUUUUCUCCCAGCAUGUAGAUCCACGGACAGAACUUUGCAGAUUUGCCUCAGGAGAAGUAGAUCAGUCUAGACGGCUACGCGGCGGCCCCUCGGACCGGACGGCAUCAUGGGGGAAUCUGUGAAUAGCGCUGUGGCGUUUCACCCUAAGAAGCAGAGGACUGACAGCGGAGGGCAUGAGGGUGAUUUUGGAGUUUCUCUGGAGGAACUGAGGAACCUUAUGGAGGUUAGAGGAGCGGAAGCACUACAGAAAAUACAGGAGAGCUACGGAAACACUGAAGGACUCUGUCACAGACUAAAAACUUCACCAACAGACGGUUUAUGGGACGUUCCUGCAGACCUGGAGAGACGAUGGCAGGUUUUUGGACAGAACUUCAUCCCUCCAAAGAAGCCAAAGACAUUUCUUCAGUUAGUGUGGGAGGCGCUGCAGGACGUCACUCUCAUCAUACUGGAGAUCGCCGCCAUCAUCUCACUCGGCCUGUCCUUCUAUCAACCGCCGGAUGGAGACAGCGAAGCUUGUGUUAGUGUGUUGGGUGGAGUGGAGGACGAAGGUGAGGCCGAGGCCGGAUGGAUAGAGGGAGCGGCGAUCCUCCUCUCCGUGCUGUGUGUGGUGUUGGUUACUGCCUUUAAUGACUGGAGUAAAGAGAAGCAGUUCCGUGGCCUUCAGAGCCGCAUCGAACAGGAGCAGCGCUUCAGCGUCGUCCGGAACGGCGUCGUCGUCCAAAUCCCAGUGGCUGAGAUGGUGGUUGGAGACGUGGCUCAAGUCAAAUAUGGUGAUCUCCUUCCUGCUGAUGGAGUUCUGAUUCAGGGAAACGACCUGAAGAUUGAUGAGAGCUCCCUCACCGGAGAGUCGGAUCACGUCCGGAAAGCCGUGGAUCGAGAUCCGAUGCUGCUGUCAGGAACACACGUGAUGGAGGGAUCAGGGAGAAUGCUGGUGACUGCAGUCGGGAUCAACUCCCAAACCGGAAUAAUCUUCACCCUGCUCGGAGCCGGAGAGGUCGAGGAGGAAAAGAGAGAGACUAAAAAAGCAGAGGUCAGUAGUAGCUCAUCCAUCCGGUUUUCUGGCAUUUCUACCAAAACGUGCAGCAUUGUUAAUGGAAAACAAGACGGCGCUCUGGAGAACAAUCAGAACAAAGGGAUUAAACAGGACGAUGCGGUUGCCAUGGAGAUGCAGCCACUGAAGAGUGCGGAGGGUGGAGACAUGGAGGAAAAAGACAAAAAGAAAUCAAAUGUCAACAAAAAGGAGAAAUCUGUGCUUCAGGGAAAGCUCACCAAGCUGGCAGUGCAGAUCGGGAAAGCAGGUUUAGUGAUGUCGGCCAUCACUGUGAUUAUCCUGAUGCUGUACUUCGUGAUAAAGACCUUCAUCAUUCAGGGUCGCUCCUGGCUCCCCGACUGCACCCCCAUAUACGUCCAGUACUUCGUCAAGUUCUUCAUCAUCGGGGUGACGGUGCUGGUCGUGGCCGUUCCUGAAGGUCUGCCGCUUGCCGUCACCAUCUCACUGGCGUAUUCUGUAAAGAAAAUGAUGAAGGACAAUAAUCUGGUGCGGCAUCUGGACGCGUGCGAGACGAUGGGGAACGCCACGGCGAUCUGCUCGGACAAAACCGGAACGCUGACCACCAAUCGCAUGACGGCUGUGCAGAUCUACGUGGGAGAUCAACACUUCACGGAAAUCCCGGAACCACAGCACAUUAACACACACACACUGGAGCUGCUCACCAGUGCCAUCUCCAUCAACAGCGCCUACACCUCCAAGAUCACGGCAGCAGAGAAGGAGGGGGGUUUACCUAAGCAGAUAGGGAAUAAGACAGAAUGUGCACUGCUGGGUCUGGUGCUGGAUCUGAAGCGUGAUUAUGAGUCGAUACGAGAGCAGGUUCCAGAGGAGAACCUCUAUAAGGUCUACACCUUCAACUCCGUUCGCAAGUCCAUGAGCACCGUCAUCCAGCUCCCUGACGGACACUUCCGCAUCUACAGCAAGGGAGCGUCCGAGAUCCUGCUCAAAAAAUGUUCUUCCAUUUUGUCCCAGAGCGGUCCGGUUCGUCCAUUCGGACCUCGAGAUCGGGAUGAAAUGGUGAAGAAGGUGAUUGAGCCGAUGGCGUGUGACGGCCUCCGCACCAUCUGUGUAGCGUAUCGUGACGUUCCUAACGAUCCGCCACCGGAAUGGGACAACGAGGCCGAGAUCAUCAACAACCUCAUCUGCAUCGCUGUGGUGGGAAUCGAGGAUCCGGUUCGGCCGGAGGUUCCAGAAGCUAUCAGGAAGUGUCAGAGGGCGGGAAUCACAGUAAGAAUGGUUACGGGAGAUAACAUCAACACAGCGCGUGCCAUCGCCGCUAAAUGCGGCAUCCUUAACAUCGGAGACGACUUCCUGUGCAUGGAGGGGAAAGACUUUAACCGGCGAAUCAGGAACGAGAAAGGAGAGGUGGAGCAGGAGCGCAUCGAUAAGAUCUGGCCCAAACUCAGGGUCCUGGCUCGCUCAUCUCCAACAGACAAACAUACACUCGUCAAAGGUAUCAUAGACAGCACGAUAGGAGAACAGAGGCAGGUUGUGGCGGUGACUGGUGACGGUACGAAUGAUGGUCCUGCACUGAAGAAAGCUGACGUUGGCUUUGCGAUGGGUAUCGCAGGGACAGACGUGGCGAAGGAGGCAUCUGACAUCAUUUUAACGGAUGAUAACUUCAGCAGCAUCGUGAAGGCGGUGAUGUGGGGCAGAAAUGUUUACGACAGCAUCUCCAAAUUUCUGCAGUUUCAGCUGACGGUCAAUGUGGUGGCUGUUAUAGUGGCUUUCACUGGAGCCUGUAUUACACAAGACUCUCCUCUGAAGGCCGUGCAGAUGUUGUGGGUGAACCUGAUUAUGGACACGUUUGCAUCUUUAGCUCUGGCCACCGAACCUCCUACUGAGUCCCUCUUGUUGCGCAAACCUUAUGGCCGGAACAAGCCUCUCAUCUCCAGGACCAUGAUGAAGAACAUCCUCGGACAUGCGGUGUAUCAGCUCAUCAUCAUCUUUACGCUGCUAUUUGUCGGUGAGAAGAUGUUUGAUAUCGAUAAUGGCCGUGAUGCUCCUCUCCAUGCUCCUCCGUCUGAGCAUUACACCAUCAUCUUUAACACUUUCGUCCUCAUGCAGCUCUUUAACGAGAUCAAUGCACGGAAAAUCCACGGCGAGAGGAACGUCUUUGACGGCAUCUUUGCUAAUCCCAUCUUCUGCUCCAUCGUCCUUGGCACCUUUGCUAUACAGAUUGUGAUUGUGCAGUUUGGAGGGAAGCCGUUUAGCUGUUCACCCCUGAAUGUGGAGCAGUGGCUCUGGUGUCUGUUUGUAGGAGUGGGAGAACUGAUCUGGGGUCAGGUGAUUGCAUCCGUGCCAACAAAUCAGCUGAAGUUUCUGAAGGAGGCAGGGCUUGGUCCAGCGGCUGAUGAUAUCACUGAUGAAGAUUUGGCAGAGGAUGAGGAAGAGAUCGAUCAUGCAGAGCGAGAACUGAGACGAGGACAAAUACUCUGGUUCCGAGGUCUAAACCGCAUUCAGACGCAGAUGGAGGUAGUCAGCACGUUUAAGCGCAGUGGCUCAUUUCAGGGUGCCGUCCGACGCCGGUCCUCCAUCCUCAGCCAGCUACAUGACGUAACCAACACACACACACACAUCCGAGUGGUGAGAACAUUCCACAGCUCUCUGUACGACGGAAUGGAAAAAUCGGACCUUCCUGAUGCGGCGAAUGAAUUCCAGACCCCUCCGGAGUUUAUCAUCUCUGAUGCUGGAUGCAGGAUUCCGCUGAUCGACGAGACAGACGUGGACGACCAAUCAGAAUGCUCCAAUUACAACCAUGUGACUCAACACCAGCGUAAGAGUCCCUCACGUUACCCUCACCGUCAACAUAGUCUCCCUGUUAAGCUCAACUGCAACAACAACACGUCCGAGAGAAGAGUGUGCGUGUGACUGGGGGGUCAAAGGUCAUUCAUCGCACCUGGCCUGCAGGUUCACAAGAAGGGGAUUUUAUAGUUAGAGAUUUUAUAUAAAGUAUUAAAACAAAUUCUGAUCAUUUUCAAGCCUGUAAAUUAUUUUCUUUGCUUAGCAAAGAUUCAAGUUAUGCACUCAACAUGUCGACUUUCUGCUCUACCUGAUUUUAAAAGCCAAUAAACUUCACCAUAUAUAUAUUUAAAUGAAUAAUGUGGCUAUUCUGAUCAUAUUUAAGGUUAAUCCCAAUAUGAUUAUAUGUAAAUUAGAUGCUUAUAUAUGCUUUAUAUACUCGUGUGUGUGUGUUACUUGUCAGUAUUGCUGUCUUUGUUUAU